AAAGAUCAGAUCCUGUGGACCCCACCUCCAUUUUCGAGUUUGGUUUGGUUCUGAGGUAGAUUUCGGUUUAACUUCCAUCUUUCAGUGUAACCCUUGAAUAUCUCGAUCUCUUUGAAUUCACUUUCUCCGCCGAUGAGACGCCUCCGUUUCAUGUAACGCCUCCUCGAGCAUCUUAUAUAUAGAGGUCGUCUACGGUGAGUUUACUUUGCCUCUUAACUUUUCUCUCCCGACGUUUCUUCGUGAAUCUCAGAACCCGCCGUUACGAAAAUGAACUUGUGAGGAUUGUUUCGAUUCUAUUUAUUUGUUCUUUCCACCGAAGGACAGAGAUUUCGUUUCUUCAUAUAUAAAAACUUUCAAAAUUUUAUUUGUUUUUUCCGCGAGGAACAGAGCUUUUCGUUUCUUUUAGACAUGAGCAGAAUCGGGGGGAGCGGAGUAGAACAAUAGCCAACAUCGUAUACAGAGAGGCCUACGAUGGCUUGCCACAAUCAACAGUAACCUGUUCGAAAGUGACUGCUCUCAACCCCAACUAAGAGGAAGUCAUAAUCCUUCUUGUCUCCAUCAUCGUAUGAUCCACAGCUAAAACAUGUGUCUUCCCAUUUGCAGAUAUGAUAUGACUGGACAGUUGACACAUGUGUAUAGCUUUGGGGUUGUACUCCUUGAUCUUUUAACAGGGAGGAAACCUGUGGAUCAUACGAUGCCACGCGACCAACAGAGUCUUGUAAUAUGGGCUACACCGAGGCUUAGUGAAGACGAAGUGAAGCAGUGUGUUGAUCCAAAGCUAAAAGGAGAAUAUCCUCCUGAAUCAGUAGCUAAGCUAGCAGCGGUCGCAGCAUUGUGCGUGCAAUAUGAAAUUAUGAAUCAGAGUUUAGACCGAAUAUGAGUAUAGUUGUGAAAGCUUUGCAUCCACUUCUCAAAACUCCAGCACCAGUUCCAGUAACCGAACCCUGAGUUUGUGCAACAGAGUUGGAUUCCUUCGUUCAUACAAAGUUAGAAUCUUUCUCUUUGAUUUGGGGAAGAAAACAAAAAAAAAACAAAAAGUAAAAGUAAAAGAUCAUCUUUAUUUGAGAGGAUGGAAAUUAUUAGUUUGCAUUUUGGUGUGAAAGGAGACAGUUUUUUUUUUAAUUUUGCAUGUGUCAUGUGUGGAUUGGAAACAAGGCUUUUUUUUUUGGCUGUGCUUGUCGUGGAGAACAAUGAUGUAUUGCAUUUGAAUAUUUGGUCUCUUCACUAUAUUGACAACUCUUUUAAGGUUAUCUGGUUCGACCGU